UACAAGGCAAGUGGUAUUGCGUCAUGCGCCUCGGUCAAACCUCUAACGACACUAUAUUAGUAUGUUACUAUAAUUCCCGUUGAGAAGACUGAAGUUUCAAGUUCACAACACUAUGACCUAGUGCAACUAGUACAAGUGAAGAUAUAAUUUCCUAGUUUAACGUUACCAGAAAUACUCAAUUGGUUUAUUUUCCGAGGACGGAUACUUGUAAAUUUUGAGUUUGAAUAUUCAAAAUUAUGGAGGAAGAUAAUUCUUUUUCUAGCAGAUUCACCAAAAAGUCUCAACAGAUGCCCUUGUAUCCUGUUGGAAUAUUGGGAUUUGGAUUAGUAGCAGCUUAUGGACUAUACAAAUUUAAAUCUCGCAAGGGACGUACAUCCUUGUACCUUAUUCAACUACGAUUAGCAGCUCAAGGAACAGCUGUAGGAAUCAUUGGAAUAGGUGUUCUAUAUAAUAUUUAUACCGAUAUAACUUCAAAAAAAUCUAAAAGCUGAAAUAACACAUAUGAUUUGUUAGUAAAAUGUUUUACCUAUUAAAUAGUAUCACUAUUAAUAAUAAUUUAAUUUGUUUUUGUGUAAAUGUAACGUUAUGUAAGUAUAUAACUAAAAUAUAGUGUAAACUCAUUUUAUGUUUGUUAGUUUACUGAUCAAAAAUAGUAUUGUCAAUAUCUUAAUAAUUAUAAAACUUAAGUGCUA